CCUCAGUGAAACCAGCUGAAAUUCACCUGUAAUGGCUGCUGCGUUCAGCUGAAGUGAAGCUGUUUUUCAGGACGAGGCUGCAGGGAUUUCUACAUUUGCAGAAGUGACCCUAUUUGGACGAGAGGGUGGAGUUACCACACAGAUACACAUACCUGCUAAUUCAGAUAAAACUAUCAGCACAAUGCAGCCGCUUCAGGACAACGAGCUUCAUCCACCAGAGAACCUGAGAAUCAACCAGAGUCCUGAGAGUCUCAGCCGGGAUGAAGAGCAGCGGGCUCUCUGUACUAACACAGAUCGACAUCACAUUCCAGAAGAUGAAGAGCAAGAAGAACAUCACCCAGAUCCACCUCAGGACCAGCCAGCGGUCCAGGAAGGAAACCAGGUUCCAGCAGCAGCUGUUGAUGAGGCAGAUGCCCAGGACCUGCAACAGAUUGAGGACUCUGUGGAUAGAGGUUCGUCCCACAGCGAGCACCUUCAGGACUGCCUGGAAGCUGAUUCAGCUUUGCCUCAGGACCCGGACUCGGACCCGGACUCGGACCCGGACUCAAACCUACCUACGGGGACGGCCUUUGAGGACGAAGCCGGGGACUCAGGCGGCAGCGUGCCGUCACUGGUUGUCACUGAGACAGCGGAGCCCCAACAAGCAGCUGCAGCUGAUCCAGUGACUCCGGUUAAACAAGCAGCGCCACAGAAACCAGAGAGACCCUCAGACCGGACGACCCCUGCGGGGGUCAGUGCGAGCGGUCUGCACUCCAGCAGCGAUGGAGGAGACAUGACCUGCUGCGACCUGCUGUCUCUGAGGAGUGACUCGGUAUCUUUCACCAGCGAGUCAAACGUCUUCAAGAGGAACGAGGACGACGACACGCAGAGCGUCACGACGUCCUCCAUCAUGUCUCUGUUCCACAGAGUUCCUCUGGAUCCUCUGGAGAAGGAGUGGCUGAAGAGCUCCGCUGUGGGGAACAUGGCCGUCCAGCGCCGGCUGCUUGCUCAGGAGCCCGGCCUCGUGUUAAAGAAGGAUUUCAUCACUUCCUCCUUACACAUCCAGGCUGUUUCAGAGUCAUUUCAUCUGUUUCUCUGUUCUGCUGCUGAUGACCUCCUGUGAUGUAAACCUGCU